AUGUCCCCUGGUUUACCUGCUGAAUCGCAUUCACAUGUGGAACGAAGAAAAAGAGGUCCUGAACUGGACAGUACGACGAGGUCCCAAAUAUGCGAGCUUCAUCGCACUAACAAAUGGGGCGCUACUUUGAUCCAGAAGCAUCGAUUCCCAAAUAUCCCUGUUUCAACAAUCAACUACACGCUCACACAAGAGCGAAGAAGGCAAAAAAAUCAAUCUUCUCUGCCGCGCCUUGGACAGCCAAGGAAGCUGUCAGAGGAUGAUCGCGACCACAUUUAUGAGCUCAUACAAGAAAACCCGUCUGUCACAACUGAAGAACUACUUGCAGCUGUGGAUCACAAAAUCAAUCGGCAGUCACUUUGGCGCCUGAUGAACGAGCUGGGUCUUUCAAAGUGGAGAAGAACGCAAAGACUGGCCCUAACAAAUGCCUCCCCGAAGUCAAAGUCACCAACAAACCCGACGACCUAA